CGCAGCGAGUUAAAUAUUUCUUUUGUUAAUUGACGCCCAAAGUGUUCCCAAUCCCUUCCCCGCGCCGCCCGGGCCGACCGAGGACGUGUGCACGCCCAGAUCGGCUCGGUGAAGCAGCACAGAUCCGCGGGGCCGAGCGGGAUUUAAAUGUCACUCAAAGCAUCCCCAGAUCAGCUUUCCGCUCGUCUCCGGUUUCUUCCGAGGCAUUAAUUGGAUCACACGCUGCAUUUGAAGAGCCUGGGUGUUUUACCCGCUAAGGAAAUUUGCUCCAUCUCCAGCAGCAACCACUGCUCCUUUUGAUGUUGUGGUACGCCGUGCGCAUGCGCUUCACAUUAGAAUUACUGCACUGGCCAGAAUAAGUUGGAUCUCCUUCUCUUCACUGAAACCCUAAAUCAUAUCAAAAGCUAAAGGGAUGCUGAGAGUCCGGAAAAAGGGUUACUUUGGGAUUUGGUCAUUCCCUUUAAUAAUAGCUGCGGUGUGUGCACAGAGUGUCAAUGACCCUAGUAAUAUGUCACUGGUGAAAGAGACCGUGGAUAGACUGCUGAAGGGCUAUGAUAUUCGCUUGAGGCCAGAUUUUGGAGGUCCCCCAGUGGCUGUUGGCAUGAACAUAGACAUUGCCAGUAUAGAUAUGGUCUCGGAAGUCAAUAUGGACUAUACCUUGACAAUGUACUUCCAGCAAGCGUGGAGGGAUAAGAGGCUGUCCUAUAAUGUAAUACCUCUAAACCUUACCCUGGACAACAGAGUAGCUGAUCAGCUCUGGGUGCCUGAUACCUAUUUCCUGAAUGACAAGAAGUCAUUUGUUCAUGGUGUUACUGUGAAGAACAGAAUGAUUCGUCUGCAUCCAGAUGGAACAGUCCUUUAUGGGCUCAGAAUUACAACAACAGCUGCCUGUAUGAUGGACCUGCGGAGAUAUCCGCUGGAUGAGCAGAACUGCACGCUGGAGAUUGAAAGCUAUGGCUAUACAACAGAUGACAUUGAGUUUUACUGGCGUGGGGGUGAUAAUGCAGUCACAGGAGUGACAAAGAUCGAGCUGCCACAGUUCUCCAUUGUGGACUACAAGCUUAUCACCAAGAAUGUUGUUUUCUCUACAGGUGCCUACCCAAGGCUGUCUCUCAGCUUUAAACUUAAGAGAAACAUUGGUUACUUCAUUCUGCAGACCUACAUGCCUUCUAUUCUGAUCACUAUCCUGUCCUGGGUUUCCUUCUGGAUUAAUUAUGAUGCUUCAGCUGCAAGAGUUGCUUUAGGAAUCACAACUGUGCUCACAAUGACAACAAUUAACACCCAUCUUCGAGAGACUCUUCCCAAAAUUCCCUAUGUGAAAGCCAUUGAUAUGUACCUUAUGGGAUGUUUUGUCUUCGUUUUCAUGGCUCUGCUGGAGUAUGCAUUGGUCAACUACAUCUUCUUUGGCAGGGGACCUCAGCGUCAAAAGAAAGCAGCAGAAAAAGCUGCUAGUGCCAACAAUGAGAAGUUGAGAAUGGAUGUCAAUAAGGACAGAAGAAUAAUUGGCACAUAUCAUUGUCCAGAAAUGUAUUCAACAAAGAUGGACCCACAUGAAAACAUCUUGUUGAGCACGCUGGAAAUUAAAAACGAGAUGGCUGCCUCUGAGGCUGUGAUGGGGCUUGGGGACCCUAGGAGCACAAUGCUGGCCUACGACACCUCGAGCAUCCAGUACCGCAAGGCCGGCCUGCCCCGGCACAGCUUCGGCCGCAACGCGCUGGAGCGGCACGUGGCACAGAAGAAGAGCCGGCUACGGAGGCGCGCGUCGCAGCUGAAAAUCACCAUCCCUGACUUGACUGAUGUCAAUGCCAUAGAUCGAUGGUCCCGCAUCUUCUUCCCCGUGGUUUUUUCCUUCUUCAAUAUCGUCUAUUGGCUUUACUAUGUGAACUAAGAAACAAAGCCACGCAGGAAGAAAGAACUGGAUUUUCUCUUCGAAUCAGUUGUACAGCCAAAAGUGGGACUUGGAAAAAUUCUAUUCAGGACAAAAAGUUAUUUUAAAACACCUUAGUUGCUGGCCCACUCUAUGGUCUGUUUUUAUAAUGUUUUGGUUGUAUCUGCUAAACCAUACAUAUGUUACGUUGCAGUAUGGACAUAUCCCCUUAUCAAAAUAUAAGUGCAUUUUGAGUGUAAAGGCAAAUUGCGUUUUGAAAAUCACUUCUGUCUCAUUGUCCCUCACUCUUUUUUUUAAUUUUUUUUUUUCCCAAUGGCCAUUUGAGUUUAGUGGUGCAAAUUAUAGAGCAGCAUUUGAGAAACAAGUUUUAAUUUCUACAGCAGUACAUGCCAUUCUAUGGAAAGUGCAUAUCCAAGGCAUGCAUAUACACUUAAGAGAGUGUAUCAUGCUUAUGAAACACAUACACUUUACUUUUUCAAUGUGUAAACUUGAAAACAAGUAGUGCCUAUCAUCUUUCCAAGAUGAUGAUGGUCAGAGGUUUCCCAACCAUAUUCAGGUAUUUCCUUUUAUUUAUUGGAAGAGCUGAACCUUUGACUGAUAAUAUUGGGGUUGGGUGUUUGCACAGAAGCUGAAGCAAGAAGCACUAGUUUGUUUGUAUUUUAAAGAGAGAGCAUAUGUUCAGUCACAGUGACUGUGUCUGGGAUCAGUGGAGGAAUGUAGGGACAAUAUACAAAUGCAUCAGCACUGAAUGGGUAGAUGCUGCUGAAUUGUGUUGAGGAAAGGGAAUCUGUCCAAAGUGCCAAAAUUGAUUGCCCAAAUAGUAAUUCUGUAGAUGGCUGAAGGAAGCCAGUGGUGCCCUGCCUUUCUCCAGGGCAGGGAGAGUGAGAGAGCAAUUACAAAGUGCAGGGGCAGGGAGACAGGAGGCAACACAUACAUAAAGAUGUGUGUGUGUGUGUAUAUAUAUAUAUACACAUAUAUAUAUGUAUAUACACGGUGCAGGUGAAUGUUCUUAGUUGUACACACCUUAGUCGUGUGGAGUUGUGUGAUUUCUUCCAGGUUUUCAUCUUUCCAGCAUUCCGCUUCCUGCUGUUGGUUAAAGGUUCUGUACCUCUUUCAGCAGUUGGGAUCUGAGCAUAUCUAUUUCUGUACGAGAGGUACUGACAGGGUGUUUUCUCAGUCUGGAUUAGGCAAUAACAUUUCACUUUUUGUUUUCCUUAAUGCACUGUUCUAAAGGAAAGAAAUUCAUAGCAAUCACUUUAAGAGUUUAAGUACACUCUUGAAUGUUUCCUGCUUGAGUGUGAUUUCCAUUGAAAAACUAGAAAAUUUCUGGUUUUCUUUGGGAGGCUUCUUGAAUUAAAAGGUUGAGAUUCUUUUCAUUCCAUUGAGCUUUAUUUUUAGAAAAUAGCAAAAUAUAUAGUAGAAAAAAAAAAUUGAACAAAAAAUUUUGCCACUUAUUCCACUGUGGAACUCUUUUUGUAAUGAAAACAGCAGUCACAAGAGCAGUAUAAAAAGUAAAAAUUCUUGAUGGCUUUUACUAGAUCAGAUCCCCGAUAUUGUUUGACACAAUCUUUCAAGAAGCAAAAGCCACAUCUGUUGCAUCCAUACUACCUCUCAUCUGUGUACAAAUUUUUGAAAGAGACUAGAGAGUAUAAGUGGUUUUUUCAGGUUACUAAAAAAAUUCUUUAGAAUAUUUUUCAUAAAAUAUAUUUUUUAAUUUUUUUGUUCUUCAAAAGAAUAAUUUUCUUACAAGUAUCUGUGGUUUUAUUUUUGAUUCCCCCCCUCGGUCCCCAUUUGGUAGUAAAUGACACUGAUAGGAGAAUAGUUCUGAGAACUAAUAGGCAAAUAUUCUGACUUUUUUUGGUUUUUGAGCACUUCAUAUGCUUAUUUCUAGUUCAAAUAAGAAAGUAUAGUUUCAGAGCCUGGGAUGGGAUUUGCAAUACACCCUACCUGCCAGGAAGUUGUGUACGAUCACACACUGCCUCCAGGCUCAGACUCUGCAAUAUGUACAGACAGGUUUCCCUCAUGUGAUUAACUUUCCAAGUGAAAAUUUUGCUCUUUGUUCACAUAGUUAAUUUGUGACUGCAUUUCAUGCAUAACGCAAUAACCUUUGUAGAUGCACUUGGGAUUUCAGCUGAUAGGUAUGAGUCACGUUGGAUUAUUUUUUUCCCAAUUUUAAGAAAUGGAGCAUAUAAAAAUUCAGUAUUUCUCCUCAAAGUCUGUUCUUUGAAAAUUAUAUUAAUGAUCCUAAAUGAAAGCAGUCUUAUGGUAUUCUUCUGUACAAGCUUUUCUUUCAUUUCAGAAAUUGCUGACAGCUCCUUUUAUUGUUUCACAGAAGCAGAGUGUGACUGCAGGGAGCUCACAGUCUUUCUGUGGUUGAUACACAUCAAAUAGAAAACCUUACAGGGAAUAUGUUGACUCUCUGCAUUGGUGACUGCUUCAGCUAUUACAAAAAUCACAGAGAUCGAAUCCUGGAACUGCACAUUCACUUUUCUGAAGCUACAGUACAAGCCAUAAUACUCUCUGAUAUUGCAAUUCAGAGAGUGAAAGAAAAUGUUUGGUUUCUGCUCAGGUGUCACUAGGAAAGAUAAAUUAUCUGCGGGGAAAGAGCACUUUUGCUUUUACUAUGUUCUUCUGGCUAUUAAUGUGAUGUAUAAAAUUAGUGAAAGAGAAUGAUUCUACCAUUUUGUACUAAGGCUUAACACUGUGAUAUAAAAAGAUGGGGGUGAGAAAGGCUGGUGAGGCACUAUCAAGGCAAAGGCAUAACUCGAGCCCCAGGUAAGCACUUACUCCUGAGAUACUUGAGUGAAAGUGGGAAAUGAUGCCAACAGACAUGAGAAUGGGGUUUGCUAUGUGUGCUACCCUCCAGGUAAACUAGAAUAAAUUUGCUUUUACUUUAGAAUUGACUGAAAAGAAAUAUACUAGAUCUUUUUAAUCGUGUUAAUUGUUGUUGGUUUCAAUAAACAAAAUAGCAAAGUUAAUAAUUUAGAUAAAAAAACUUGUACUAUAAUUAUAGUUGCACAUUUUAUUGUUCUAUUGACAUAAUAGCCAGCAAUUAAGGUGUUUUUCAUCUUUGCGAAAUUCAUGGGGGAAUUAUGACAAUAACAUGGCACAGUUUUAAUGAAAUCUUUGAGAUCAAUCUGUAAAUAUAUACUGUACAUGACUGCUAGUAAGUAUGAUACACAUUUUCAGAACUGAAAAUUCAUGCAACAUAUUUCUGUGUUUGCAUAAGGAAUGUUAUGUUUCUAUCCUAUCGCAGUUCAAUGACUGGGAAGAAAGACUCAAGCAAUGACAUUGUGACCAUUUCUUUUCUCAUUCCCAGGGGAGGAAAACAAGAGUCCUAGAUAACAGCAUGUGGCAGAGGUCUUCAGAGAGUUCUUACAUUCUAAUAAAAAAAGACAUAAAAUCUGUAAGGUACAAAAGCACAAUGCAUAGAGAAAAUAAGUGGUGGUCUUAUACCUGGGGAAAAUAUCCUAUUUAUUUCAGAAAAACGUGCAUUAAAAUUGAGCCUCAAUUUAUUUUCACUAUAAAUAUUAGACUGUGUUCCAAUCCUAUAACACAGUGCUAAACAUAAGUGAACAGAUGUGAAACAUUUUCCAACUGUAUGUGCAUAUGGACGUACCCCCAAAUGUCUGUAUGGACAUAUGUGUGUAUAUAUACACGUGCUGAGUAUAUAUAUAUAUAUAUAUGCACACACAUUCACAUGUUGGUGUGUUAAAGGAAUAAGCUAAUAAUAGUUUUGUUUCUAUCAUCAACCAGUGUAUGAAUAUAUUUU